UAGUCGUGGCUGGUCUGCGAUCGCUGAGUGUGGAUUAGGGCUUUAAAAAAGUGAACAAGUUGUAAAAGAUAUUCAUAUAAAAAAGCGAGUAACAGUUCCAGUGUUGCAGUAGAUUUUAAAAUGGCGUUUUUGAAAAUUUGCAUAUUCGCCAUUGUUGUUGGUACGGCCUUAGCUCAACGCAAUAAUUUCCGUACUGGCCCCGGACAUCCAACAUCACAGCGACAUUUACCAAAGCGACCCACCGAUCCGCCACCGUCAGAAGGCUACGAGCCUACAGAUGAAUGUCCAGAAGCGAAUGGCUUCUUCCCCGAUGUGGAGCAGUGUGACAAAUACUACUCUUGCUUUGAGGGCCAACCGACUGAGCGUCUCUGUGCCGAUGGUAUGGUCUUCAACGACUACAGCCCUCUGGAGGAGAAAUGCGAUCUGCCGUAUAACAUCGAUUGCAGCAAGCGUUCGAAAUUACAGCCUCCUCAAUCCUCCCAGCAUUGCCCGCGCAAGAAUGGCUACUUCGGUCACGAGGCAAAGGGUAUUUGCGACAAAUUCUACUACUGCGUCGAUGGACAGUUCAAUAUGAUUACUUGCCCAGAGGGCUUAGUAUUCAAUCCUAAGACCGGCAUUUGCACGUGGCCCGAUGAGGUGGGCGUUAAGGGUUGCAACUCGCAGGAUAUUUUUGAAUUCGAAUGUCCCAAAGUGAAUGAGACAGUGGCCGUUACACAUCCGCGCUAUGCCGAUCCCGAUGACUGCCAAUUUUACUAUGUGUGUGUGAAUGGUGAGAUACCGCGUCGUCAUGGCUGCAAGCUGGGACAAGUGUUUGACGAUGACAAGAAGCUCUGCGAUUGGUCGCACAAUGUACCCGAAUGCGCCGAUUGGUACAAGGGUCGCUUAACCGAUGCUGAGCUGGACGAGCUGGAAAAUCCUAAGCCGAAAACUAAGAAACCUGCACGUACGCGUGGACCAUCGCGCCGAAAGCCUACCAAGGCGCCCGUUCAAGAGGAAGAGGAUGAGGAGUAGUAAGGCGGACGAGCAGCUACGCGUUUAGCUUUAAGUCUGUUUUUUUUUUUUGUUUGUUCGGUUUUGUUUUGCAGAUGUUCGAAAUUCUCAAAUAAAAGCACGACAAAAUGUUUCUAUAAAAUGAAAUUAA